AUCUAUCUUCUCGUCAUGUACCUGCAGCUGCACGUCGCCUACUUUCUCCUUGGACGCCUUUUGAGUGGCCUCAUGGGAGACUACAACCUGAUCCUGGCCAGCUGCUUCGCCUACGUGGCCGACACCAGCGACAAGCGCACACGUACAUUUCGCGUCGCCAUCCUCGAGGCGUGCCUCGGCAUUGCGGGCAUGCUGGCCAGCAUUGGCGGCGGCCAGUGGCGCAAGGCGCAGGGGUACAUCAACCCCUUUUGGCUCGUGCUUACUGCCAGUCUUGCUGCCGCUCUCUAUGCUGCUUUUUGUCUUCAGGAAUCGGUGAAGCAGCAGAAACCAGCCAAGCUGUUCACGCUCAGUCAUUACAAGGCUGUCUACAGGCUGUACACGGCCCCAGAAAACUUGAGCUCCAGGCGGAAGCUCGCUCUUUACUCCCUGGCUUUCUUUCUUCUUGUCACUGUACAUUUUGGAACCAAGGACCUCUUAGUUUUGUACGAGCUUGGCUCCCCGCUCUGCUGGGCUGCCGAUCUCAUUGGGUACGGCUCAGCCGCCAGUUACCUGGCUUACCUGAGCAGCCUGGGAGGGCUGCGGCUGCUGCAGCUCUGCCUUGAAGACACCUGGGUGGCAGAGAUAGGAUUGAUCUCUAAUAUUUCUGGACUGGUUGUGAUUUCUCUUGCUACUACAACACCACUGAUGUUUACAGGUUAUGGGAUUCUGUUCCUUUCCAUGGUGGCCACUCCAGUCAUCAGAGCCAAGCUCUCCAAGCUGGUCAGUGAGACGGAACAGGGUGCUCUUUUUGCUUCUAUUGCCUGUGUGGAAGGGCUGUGUUCACUUGUGGCUACGGGAGUGUUCAACUCUCUCUACCCUGCCAGCUUGCACUUCAUGAGGGGAUUCCCAUUUCUCUUCGGGGCUAUAAUUCUUCUUAUUCCAGCAGCUAUUAUUGGGUGGAUAGAAAUCUGGGACUCAAACCAUGACUACAAUCACUUCUCAGAUGCUUCCCUGUCCCCUGCAGACGGCUGAGCAGCAACUUAGCAACAAGGAAUUGGGCAGCUCAGGAGUGUCCAUCCAAAGGCUGCUCUUUAUUCUUCCCUUGAAGGACAGAUUAGUGUGGGAGGGACACCUUGCUUGUCCUUACUAAUUUUUAAAUGCCAAAUAGUUGGAAAUCAUGACUCUGACUACCAGUAGGAACUUGCUUUGCAGAUGUGAAU